AUGAUUAAUCAUUCCCUUAAGUAUUCAACUUCGAUGAUUUAUGAAUCGAUAGAUAUUUUUGAUAAAGACUAUUCAACUGAUUUUGAAGUCAUGGUAAGUACGGAUAAGGGUAAACUUGUGAUCUCUCCAUUUCAGAUGGACGUCCUUGAAUCAAUGAAAAGGUUAAAGAGACACAUAUGUUCUUUUUCACAAUAUGUUGCACUCGUUUUACUUUAA